AUUGUCAACUUUCAAGAUUUUUAAUUUGUAAAUGUGAAUGAGAAUUUUAUUAUUUAUUCCAAAUAAGAAAAUUUAAUGUUUAAGUUACACUGUAUGUGUAAAAAUAAUUGAAAUUUAAACAUUAUAUAACGUAAUUUAAAAUAAAUAUUCUUUUCCAAGAUGUGGCCGAUAAUAUUGCAGUUUUUGCGGUCGAACGUGGCCUAUGUGACUCUACCGGUAGCGGCGGUUGUUGGAAUCGUAGGAUACAAUUUAGAAAGCCUUUUAUCUGACCGUUAUACACCCUACAACAAACCAGUACAAGAUCAGAGAUUUGAGAGAAUACAAGAUGAUUUACUGAAAGAUCCGACAAAUGUAGAAAAACUUAAAUACAAAGAGAAUGUUUUAGGAAAAAAUGUACCUCCAUCUUUACAAAAAUAGGCUAUUUAUUAAU